AUUGAAACCUGGGCAGGUUCUCGUGCAUUCAAGAUCAUCGAUCUUGGAGCUGCAGCAGAUCUCAGAGUGGGCAUUAACUACAUUCCAAAGGAGUUUCUCCUAGAUCCCAGAUAUGCAGCACCCGAGCAAUACAUCAUGAGCACACAAACUCCAUCUGCUCCUUCCGCACCUGUCGCCACUGCACUUUCACCAGUUCUAUGGCAGAUGAAUUUGCCAGAUAGGUUUGAUAUCUACAGUAUAGGCCUCAUCUUCCUUCAGAUGGCAUUCCCAUCCUUGCGUUCAGACAGCAGUCUUAUCCAGUUUAACCGUCAGCUCAAAAGAUGCGAGUAUGACUUAAAUGCGUGGAGAAAGCUGGUGGAGGCCCGAGCAAGCCCUGAUCUCCGAAAAGGGUUCGAGUUAUUAGAUUUAGAUGGUGGGAUCGGAUGGGAACUACUGACAUCGAUGGUCAGAUACAAAGCCAGACAAAGAAUUAGCGCGAAAGCAGCUCUAGCUCACCCGUACUUUGAUAGAGAAGGGUUACUUGCAUUGUCCUUCAUGCAGAACAUGAGGCUUCAGUUCUUUAGGGCUACCCAACAAGAUUACAGUGAAACUGCGAACUGGGUUAUUCAGUUAAUGGCGAAAUCUGGAACAGAGAAAGACGGUGGCUUUACAGAAGCACAGCUACAGGAGCUUAGGGUUUGUGAUCUAUCUUCACUUCUACGUGUCGACGUGGCAUUUGCUAUGGCAAAGUAA